AUUAUAUGAAUAAAUCAGAUAUAUUAAAUCUGGAUGAAAUGAAUAAAUCGGAUAUAUUAAAUCCAGAUGAAACGAAUAAACUGAAUUUAUUAAAUCCAGAUAAAAUGAAUAAACCAGAUUUAUUAAAUUUGGAUGAAACGAAUAAACUGGAUUUAUUAAAUACAGAUGAAACAAAUAAACCGGAUUUAUUAUAUUCGGAUGAAAUGAAGGAAUCGUAUUCGGAUAAAAAUAAAUUCAAAUCGAAGGAAACUGGAUUUAAAAUCGAAG